AUGCAGACAGACAAGAACUCCAAGGAGGGAGGCUCCAUACAGGUGGAAGGUGGGCGCUGCGGCGAAUCGGCAGUGGAGAAUGAUGAUGCCUGUCAGUACACUCCGUUGACUUCUCCUCCAGUGGAAGUGGCGGAAGAAGCAGCUAACGAGGUGGAGAAGGUCUCUUCGUCGUUGCCAGUCAACGAGAAAUACAAGGAAACGUACGAGCAUAUGUACUGGCGCAGCUUACAUGAUGCAGAUUCCUUCUGGCGAGAGCAAGCGACGGAGAUUUUACGAUGGACUUCGCCGUUCACGAAAGUGUUCCACGGCCAGAUGGAAGACGGGAAUAUCUCCUGGUUCCUGAACGGGAAGCUCAAUGUGUGCGAUAACUGCGUAGAUCGGUGGGCAGAGAAGUUCCCCAACCGCGUGGCUUUGAUCUGCGAGGGCGAUGACCCUGAGCAGAGCCGCACAAUCACUUACCGCAAGUUGCUUCGCAAGGUUUGUCAGUUCGCGAAUAUGCUCAAACGGUUGGGCGUUCGCAAGGGCGACGUCGUGAGCAUCUACCUCCCUAUGGGACCGGAAAUCGUCUACUCGAUGCUGGCGUGUGCCCGGAUAGGCGCCGUCCAUAGCGUGAUUUUUGCGGGGUUCGCAGCAAGCAGCUUGGCCGAGAGAAUCCACGACGCACAGAGUCGCAUUUUAAUCACGGCGGAUCAUGGUUCGAGAGGUGGGAAGACAAUCUAUUUGAAGGACAUCGCAGAUGAAGCCCUGGAGAUGUGUCCUGCGGUUCGACACCUUGUCGUCUUUCGGUGCAAAGGGGAGCCUUUGAAGAAGUGGGUUGAGGGCAGAGACAUCUGGGGCGACGACUUGGUGUCGCAAAUGCAACCGUACUGCCCCCUCGAGGUGAUGGACAGCGAGGAUCCAUUGUUCAUUCUGUACACGUCGGGAUCUACCGGAAAACCGAAAGGGUUGUGCCACAGCACAGCAGGCUAUCUGCUCUACGCUGCGCUCACGCACAAGUUCGUCUUCGACUACCACCCUGGCGACGUCUACGCCUGUGUGGCAGACUGCGGGUGGAUCACGGGCCACUCGUACGUCGUCUACGGCCCUCUGUGUAACGGCGCGACGACGCUUCUCUUCCAGUCCAUCCCAAAUUACCCGGACCCAGGCAGGUACUGGCAGAUGAUCGAGAAGUGGAAGGUGACCCAGUUCUACACAGCCCCGACUGCCCUUCGAGCUCUGAUGCGCUUUGGCGACAGCUGGCCACAAAAGUACGAGCUGUCAAGUUUGCGCGUGCUCGGAUCUGUCGGCGAGCCAAUAAAUCCAGAAGCCUGGCGGUGGUACGCGAGCGUCAUCGGCCAAAAUCGCUGCUCAAUUGUCGACACGUACUGGCAAACGGAGACUGGAGGCCAUGUGUUGACGCCGAUCCCGGGAGCGACAGUGACCAAGCCGGGGUCCGCGACUCUCCCUUUCUUCGGCAUCGACCCUGUCGUCCUCGACCCUGUCACCGGCAAAGAGAAGACGGGAAACAACGUGUGCGGUGUGCUGUGUCUUCGCCGCCCGUGGCCAGGAAUGGCCCGGACUGUGCACGGCGCGCAUCUCCGUAUGAUGAGCACCUACUACUGGCCCUACAGAGGCUACUUUUUCACCGGCGAUGGCGUUUUCAGAGAUGCAGACGGCUAUUACUGGAUAACGGGCCGAGUUGACGACACCCUCAAUGUCUCAGGUCACCGUCUCACAACUGCGGAGAUCGAGCACGCGCUUGUGCAGCACGAAGACGUUGCCGAGGCGGCGGUCGUUGGAGUUCCCCAUGAAGUGAAAGGCUCAGGAAUCUUUUGUUUCACCGUUCUCAAGGAAAACGUGCCGGUUCGGCCGCAGCUCGAGGAUGAGCUGAAGCGAGUCGUCCGAAAGUACAUUGGUCCCAUUGCGACGCCCGACUACAUUUUGAUUGCCCAAGAUCUUCCCAAGACAAAGAGUGGAAAAAUCCUGCGUCGUAUUCUGCGAAAAAUCGCAGCCUUGGAGACUGACGACUUCGGCGACACAAGCACUCUGGUCAACCCCCACUGUCUCGAUACCCUCAUUGAAGCGGCGAAGCGGUCGCGGGAGGGGACGCUUGCGGUCAAGGCUCAAAGUGCGUAG